ACUGAAAAAGUGAUUAAUCUUUAAUAAUAAUGCAAUUAACGCAACCAUUCAUUUUCUUCUUUUAAUACACGAUACGUGUAAUUCCAGUGGCGCGUGUCGGACUUGUAAUUGUUUGUGUAAAAUAUUUCGCAAUUUCGAAAAAUAUCAAACAAUGAUAAAAAUCUGUGACAAUUACCCGCGAUAAUUUACAUUAAAAAAACAUUAAAAUUGUGAUAAAUUAGCGAAACGUGACAUUUUUCAAAAUGCUCUAAGCGCAGUUUAAUAGUAACGUUUAUUAAAAAUAAUGAAGUUUUUUACAGCGAUCACAAUUCUGCUCACUUGUUCUCUAGCCCAGGCAACCAUAAUUUUGAAAAACGAGUUUGCCAAGCUUGUAGAACAUGACAAUUCGUACAUCAGAAUUAACUCGUUUAAAUUUUAUAAAAAGAGCCGGACUUUGGCGGCCCUUAAUGUGACGUACACGACACUGGAAGAUAUAAACUCGGACGAAGACAUUAAGAUCACUGUUGCCGCUCUCCAGUUUAAAGGUACAGAGUAUAAGAAAACAGUGAUUGAUUUUGCUAUAGGGAUUUGUACGGUUUACAGGGCGAACAAGUUUGAUUCCUUGAACCUCAUCAAGGAUUCGAACCUGAAAGAGUGUCCUUUCCCCAAGGGUGACUAUUACAUUAAUGACUUAGCUCCGACUGCUGAUAUGCUUCCGCCUUUUUUCCCUGAAGGUAAAUGGAUGCUGGACAUUGCUUUUACCCACAAGAGUCGAGCCGUGGCUCGAGUGCACUGGAUGCUGCAGAUAAUGAAGAAGAUCUAGACUUACCAGCGCUGUCCUCAUUAAAGGGAAAAACACCCGAUACGGCGACCUCAUAUUAUUUAGCUUGUAUGCAGGAGCCAUAAAUAUGAAUAAUUUAACAGUUUC